CCUAACCAUUCAUUCAUUCAUUCAAAGUUCAAACCCAGUCACAUGGAACCAAAACCCCCGUCAAUUUCUCGCCUCUCUCCUGAACUACCACUGCUCUGCGCCCAAUCUCAUCACCAACUGUAGUAGAAUCAGCAUUGUUCAGUUGAGUUAAGUGGGUCUAUUAAAGAUCGCCAAUGUCUGCAGUGGCGGCUCUUACACAUGGGCCUUCUUUGCGACCAAGUUUGCCGACUACCCUUUUCUUUAAUCGACCAAAUUUGAAGCAUUCAAGCUGUUUCAGUGCUCGUCGCAGAGUAUUGUUCUCGGAGGAAGCGAAGCUUGUAAAUGUAACCCGUUUCUUCAAAUCCUCGAGUUCCCGGAUCAGAAGCUCUCAGCAUGAGGAUGCAGAAUCUUAUGAGGCUGCAGGAUCUGGAGUUGCUCGAGAGGGACAAGAUCAGGUUGUUGGCGAGGUAUUAAAAAAUCAUGAAAGUAAAACUGCUGGUAAAGAAGGUUCAUUCCUGGCAAAGUUAGCAAUUGCCCUGGGCAUAGCUGCAACAGUGACACUAGUAUCUGUCAGCCUGAAGCAGCCUGCUCAUGGAUCAUCACUUGGAAUUCAGCUUCUGGCUGAUGGUUCAUCCUCUUCCACUUUAGCUGCAUCCUCUUCGGGCUUCACUUUUAAAGCUUUUGGAUACAAAGUUGUACUUCCCGCUUAUGCCCCAGGAUGGAUCUACUUUUGGUUACUCAUGGCUGCUGGCUGUGGGCUUUUCAUUAGUGAAGAGGCUUUAAAUAUUUGGGUUGGAAUCUCCUUAGCACGGUUGUUAUCUUUGGAUGGGACAUGGAAGUCAUUUGUUGCAUCAUUCUCCAGUAAUGGUCCGUACAUAAUAUCUACAGUUCUGUGGGUAUACUGGGGAGUUUGUAUAAGUGAUAUGGUACCAUUUUACCUUGGGAAGCUCUUUAGGCAGUCUGGAGCAUCCGAUGAUGUUUGUUCAAAGUUAGGGAUUGGUAAAGAGAAAGCACUGAGCAUUACACGGAUUGUGCAAAGAUAUGGAAAUCUCGCAGGUUUCGUUGAACGAUUUUCCUUCGGAGUGAGAAAUCCAACAGCUUUCCUAGCGGGGGUGAUGGACAUUUCUCCAGAUUGUUUCUUUGCCGGUGUCUGUUGUGGUGGCUUACUAACCCUUCCACUCCAGUUGGGGAUUGGGUUUUUGUUGAGAGAACGCCCUGUAUUCGCAUUGGCUACUGUUGCAACAGUAGUGGGAGUUUGGACUGUCUUCCCAUAUGCAGUGGCUGCUUCAACAGCAUUAUUCCUAUAUCUGAGACGCCGCUACUCUAGCUAGUCCUGGCUAGAUUUUCUGUACGACACACACAAGUCCUUGAGAAUGGAGAAGUUAGAAGCUAUCGAAAUUCGUACAUACAGAGGAUUACGAAAAUACAGUUAGAAGCUAUCGAAUUACGGCCUUCUUUUGGGGUUUUACAUAUGGGAAGCCCUUAUAGGAACCUACUUAGAAUAUACACCAGCGUAUAGAUAAUUCAAUACUGCCCUUUUAGUGAGGCAAGUUGCACCUUAUCCGUUGCAAAUUAAAUCUUGUUAUUCUUUGUAAUAGAGACUCGACUCGAACCCCCUACCCCUCUACGUUUUCACUUUGGAAGGAGAAAAGAUACCACUAGGUCAUGGGACCUUGGUGAAUAGCUAUACGUGGUUGCGUAGUUCGGUUUCUCUUUAUACUAAGGUAUGCGUAUACCAUAGAUACAUUUCCAACAUUGCCUCCAACAAGGCUUGAACACUCAACCUUCCUGAGAAUAUACCUGGUUAAUGUUCCUAGGUUAAUUUUAUAUGACUAGUUCAACCGUUCUUUAUACAUUUAAUGUCUUGCCUUUCCUCUUUGGUACAUUUGUGAUGUAAUAAAUAAUGAAAAAAAGUAGAUAUUUGGAAAUUGAAAACAAUGUGAGAUUCAUUUAUGCU